AUGUUAGGUGGUGAUGCUGCUGCUGAUAAUGGUGGUGAUGCUGCUGAUGAUGCUGAUGACGAUGAUGCUGAUGUUGCUGAUGCUGCUGAUGGUGCUGAUGAUGCUGAUGGUGCUGAUGCUGCUGCUGAUGCUGAUGCUGCUGCUGAUAGCGAUAUUGAUGCUGCUGCUGAUGAUAAUGGUGAUGCUGAUGAUGGUGAUAUUGAUGCUACUGAUGGUGAUGAGGGUGGUGAUGCUGAUUACGCUGAUGCCGAUGAUGCUGGUUAUGGUGACAAUGAUGCUGAUGCUGAUGAUGAUGUUGAUGAGAACAAGUGCUGUGGCCCUCACCACCGCAAUGUAGAAUACGAGAAACUGGAGAAGAUUGGGGAAGGCACCUACAGGACAGUGUUCAAGGCCGAAAACAGGGAGACUCAUGAGAUGGUGGCUCUGAAAUGGGUGAGACUGGAUGACAAUGAUGAGGGUGUGCCGAGUUCCGCCCUCCAGGAGACCUGCCUACUCAAGGAACUGAAGAACAAGAACAUCGUCAGGUUUCAUGACAUCCUGCACGGCGACAAGAAGCUGACUUUGGUUUUCGAAUUCUGUCACCAGGACCUGAAAAAGUAUUUUGACAGUUGCAAUGGUGACCUAGAUCCUGAGAUUGUAAAGUCAUUCCUCUUCCAACUGGUAAAAGGCCUGGGAUUCUGUCACAGCCGCAAUGUGCUACACAGAGACCUGAAACCCCAGAACCUACUAAUUAACAGGAAUGGGGAGCUGAAAUUGGCUGAUUUUGGCCUGUCUCGAGCCUUUGGGAUCCCCAUCUGCUGUUACUGAGCUGGAGUGGUCACACUGUGGAACUGCCCACCAGAUGUCCUCUUUGGGGCCAAGCUGUACUCCACAUCCAUUGACAUGUGGUCAGCUGGCUGCAUCUUUGCAGAGCUGGUCAAUGCUGGGCAGACUCUUUGUCCAGGCAAUGAUGUUGAUGACCAGUUGAAGAGGAUCCUCUGGCUGCUAGGGGCACCCACCGAGGAGCAGUGGCCCUCCAUGACCAAGCUGCCAGACUAUAAGCCGUACCUGUACCCGGCCACAACAUUCCUGGUGUAUGUCGUGUCCAAACUCAAUGCCACAGGGAAGGACCUGCUGCAGAAUCUUCUGAAGUGUAACCCCGUCCAAUGUAUUUCAGCAGAAGAGGCCUUGCAGCACCCCUACUUCUCCGACUUCUGUCUGCCCUGAGCCCUGGGACCCCCAGCCACUAUGCUGGAGCCUGGCCUAUUUAAGCCCCAUCUUGGGAGGGGUGGGACUGUGGGGUGCCCGGUGUGCUGAGCUCCAGCUAUGCUGAGCCCAGCCAGGGUGGGAUGCCUGAGCCCAAGUUUCUCACUUCCUUUGUGGACUUUAUUUAAUUUCUUUCUUUCUUUUUUUUUUGAGAC